AUGACUUCUGAUGCCCUGAUAGACCUGCUUGCUGGUGGGAAAAUCAAUAUUCCAAACUACAGGUGUGGAAGACAGAAAAAGCUGUUGGCUGUUCUUGAAGCGGGUGAAUCCGACAUCUCCACACACAUUGCAAGCAUGUUGGGCAUCUACAAGAUCCCACAGCUUCAUCCUUUCUUGAAAGAAGUCCGCUUCUAUACUAAUACUUCAGCUGAUGGACAGUACUUGGAUGAGGAAGGGGCAGUGGCCGCUGACUUUGAUAUUGUGAAUCCAGUGCUGUUUCCCAACAGUUCUCUUGCUAGAGUGAAGAUUGGGAGAAUAGAGAGACAGGGGUCCUCAAAUAUGAAGUUCACCAUUAAUCCGGAAGCAAUUGUGUGGCCCAAUCUAUUUCAGAAGACGGCGCCUCGUUCAAGAUGCACAGAAAGCUGUCUCCCUGGAUAUGCCAAAAAGGUUCAGGAAGGGAAGCCACCGUGCUGCUAUGAUUGUGCUCCCUGCUCAGAAGGGACAAUCUCCACUCAGGAAGAUGCUGAUGAAUGCAGCAAUUGUCCAGAAGAUCAGCAUCCAAGUGAGGACCGAGAUCAAUGUGUCCCCAAAGCGAUCGUCUUCCUGUCCUACGAUGAAUAUUUGGGGAGCCUCCUAGCUUCCCUUUCUCUCUUCUUAUCCUUAACCACAGGCUUUGUGUUAGGAAUCUUCAUUAAAUACAAAGAAACUCCCAUAGUCAAAGGCAACAACAGGGACCUCUCCUACAUCCUCCUUGUCUCCCUCCUGCUGUCCUUCUUGUCCUCCUUCCUCUUCAUUGGAAGGCCAAGGAAAGUCACCUGCCUUCUCCGACAAACAGCCUUCAGCAUCAUCUUCUCAGUUGCCGUCUCCUCUGUGUUGGCAAAAACCAUCACUGUGGUGCUGGCCUUCCUGGCCACAAAGCCAGGGAACAGGGUAAGGAGAUGGCUAGGGAAGAGUCUGGCCAACUCCAUUGUCAUUUCCUGUUCCAGUGUCCAAGUUCUCAUCUGCACCAUCUGGCUUGGGGCCUCUCCUCCAUUCCCAGAUUCUGACAUGCAUUCCCAGCUUGGAGAGAUCACCCUGCAAUGCAAUGAAGGGUCUGUGCUCAUGUUUUAUGGUUCCCUCAGCUACAUGGGCUUCUUGGCUGCCAUCUGCUUCACGGUGGCUUUCCUGGCCAGGAAGCUGCCUGGAAAUUUCAAUGAAGCCAAGCUGAUCACCUUCAGCAUGCUGGUCUUCUGCAGCGUUUGGGUCUCCUUUGUGCCUACCUACCUGAGCACAAAGGGGAAAUACAUCGUGGCUGUGCAGGUCUUCUCUAUCUUGGCUUCCAGUGCUGGGCUUCUGGGCUGCAUCUUCAUUCCCAAGUGCUACAUUAUUGUACUGAGGCCAGAUCUGAACAUGAGAGAGCAUCUGACAAGAAAAAGCUAA